CAAAGAAAUGAGGAUCUUCACAAAGCUCUCUGCGCCACUUUGCCUCCAUUUUGUCUUCCUCUGUCUUAAAACUGCCUUCUCAUCCUUUAUACAUGCUUCUUCCUUCUCAACAACGCAUCUCUGCUCUCAUGAGGAGGCUCUUGCUUUGCUACAAUUCAAGACAUCCUUCUCCACCAAUUACACUGUUCCGCCAUGUAACUGCCCUUAAUCUCAGCUGCAGUUUCCUUUAUGGCACCUUUCCUUCCAACAGCACUCUUUUCUUCCUCAGAAACCCAGAGAGCCUCAAUCUUGCCUCCAAUGAUUUUAGGCUUUCCAAGAUUCCACUAGAAAUCAGUCAAUUUACUAGACUAAAGCAUCUUGAUAUCUCUUAUUCUCGAUUUUCGAGUCAUGUUCCUGGAGAAAUUGCUCACCUCCCCAAGUUAGUUUCUCUCAAUCUCUCUAAUUAUGACUUGAUCCUUGAAACAACUACCUUCAAAAAUCUUGUUCAUAACUUGAGUGAGGUGAGAGAACUUGAGCUUAGUGAAGUGAACAUGACAUCUGUUAAUCCUCGUUUCUUCAUGAAUCGCUCUUCUUCAUUGACUACUCUUGUUCUUUUCGAGAAGCGAAACCUCACUAUUGAUCUUCCAAGUUCCAAUUGGAGCAGUCCUCUCCAAGAUUUGCAUUUACAUGUCAUGGAUUGCGGGAGGCGAUUGCCAGAGUCUAUAGGAGUUCUAAAGUCAUUACAGUCUCUGAGUCUUCUUGACUGCAACUUGGAAGGUUCCAUUCCAACUUCCAUUGGGAACUUAUCUCAACUAACUGACCUACGCUUCUUUGCUAACCAUUUUAACGGACAAACCCCAACAUCCCUUUCAAACCUCACACAACUUACCUUUCUUGACCUUUCCUUUAAUCAGUUUUCUGAUCCCAUUCCAGUUUCCAUUGGGAACUUAUCUCAACUUACUUACCUAACCCUCACUUCUAACAAUUUGAAAGGACAAAUCCCAACAUCACUUGCAAACCUCACACAACUUACCUCUCUUGACCUUUCCAAUAAUCAGUUUUCUGGUCCCAUUCCAACUUUCAUAGGUAACUUAAGGCAACUUACGAGCCUAGUCCUCCACUCUACCAAUCUCAGCGGACAAAUUCCAUCAUCACUUGCGAACCUCACCCAACUUACCUUUCUUGACCUUUCCUUUAAUCAGUUUUCUGGUCCCAUUCCAGCUUCCAUUGGGAACUUAUUUCAACUUACUUACCUAACCCUCACUUCUAACAAUUUUAACGGACAAAUCCCAACAUCACUUGCAAACCUCACACAACUUACCUCUCUUUACCUUUCCAGUAAUCAGUUUUCUGGUCCCAUUCCAGCUUCCAUAGGUAACUUAAGGCAACUUACUGGCCUAGAGCUCUCUUUUAACAAUCUUAGCGGACAAAUCCCAGCAUCACUUGCAAACCUCACACAACUUAGUAAUCUUAGGUUUUCAAAUAAUCAGUUUUCUGGUACCAUUCCUUUUCAUGCUGUUAGGUUUUCCAAACUAAUUGAUCUAGACUUAUCAUAUAACUUACUUAACGGCACAUUGCCACCUUGGAUUUUCACCCUACCUUUGUUAGAGUACUUGCAGCUCAAUCAUAACCAAUUUCAAGGUCAAAUAAUUCAAUUCCAGCAAAACUCACUCAUAGAACUUGACAUGUUCUUGGUGCUUCAAAAUCUGGAAACCAUCUUUCUUUCAGACAAUAAUCUGUCCUUGAGAAUGAAUGUCAAUGCCAACUUCACAUUACCCAAACUAACUGAUGUCUCCUUUUCUUCUUGUAACUUGAGUGAAUUCCCCAAUUUCAUAAGACAUUCAAAUGGUCUGCAAAUCCUAGUGCUAUCCAAAAAUAGCAUUCAUGGAAAUAUUCCCCAAUGGAUAUGUGAAAAGGAUGAUCUCCAAAUUCUUGACCUUUCUCAUAACAAUUUAAUCGGGAAGAUUCCAAAUUGUCUUCUUAAAGGGCUGUGUAUUACGAAAUCUCAACUUACAUGGAAAUCAAAUGGACGGCCAUUACCAAGGUCCUUGGUGAAUUGUAGCAAGUUAGAGGUUCUGGACGUUGGCAACAACAACAUAGAGGACACAUUCCCUCAAUGGUUGGAAUCUCUACCAGACCUUCAAGUGCUUGUCUUAAGGUCCAACAAGUUCCACGGUUUUGUGCAGGGCACCAAAGAAAGUCCAUAUUUUCCCAAGUUACGAGUUCUGGACCUCUCCAGCAAUGAUUUUCGUGGCCCUUUGCCUGUUCGCUAUGACUCUUGUGGGGGCUUGAGGCACCUAAAUCCGCUGUUAUCAAUCGAUCCCCCUUCAUUUCCAGAUCCAAGUGUUUGGGUUUCGUGCAACACAAUUGAAAUUUGAAAUGCUCAAUAAAAUUUUCAUCCAAAAGUAGUCACUUCCCAUGUCGUAUAGUCUCCAAUUGUUUCAAUCCGUCCAUUUUUGGUGGAAGUUACAGUUUGAGAUUGUGAAUACUUGGCAUUGUUGGUACUGGAGCUCUUCUGAGAUCUUUAAGUGAGAAAACAAUGAUCUGGGUGGUGACCAAUGUGAGGUUUUAGGCCUGGGUUUGGAGUCUCUGAAGAUUUUGCUGAAGUGGGGGUCUUUCUGGGGGCAAUGUUUUGUGGUUUUUUGGUUUUCUGAUGCAAGAGGGUGCUUGCGGUGGAGGAAGUGGUGAAUGCAAGGUACGGAGUGAUUGAGCAGUGGGCAUUGUUGUUGAGGAAUGCUUGGCCUAAGGUUUCUAUGGUUUGUAAGAUUUUCAAAGACCAAGGUGUGAUUCUGACCGCACUUUAGGUCUA